GAGAGAAUAGUUUGCGGAAAUUUUUGAAUGGAUGAACAUCUGUGUAACAAUUCACUCUUAGUGAGUGAUUUGAGUGUGAUAGGGAACGGUUCGAUAGAUUUAUAGACAACAAAUUGAAAUUAAAUUCUAAUUUUUCCCGAAAUUUAAUUGUUUUUGAAUUUUUAUUGUAUCGUCUCUGAAUUCCAGUUGAUUGUUUUGAUAAAAUUGUCUUGAUCGACUUCAACCACGGUUUUUUAUAUCCAAUAAAAAAACUUGAGACUAGAAAUUUUGGAAUAAUAUCCGAUUUGAUAGGUACCCUACAAAUAUAGAAUAUUCUAUUGGAAUAAAUAUGUUUUAUGAUUGAAGAUUCGAUUCCUGUUGAUGGAUGUUUGAUUAGAAUUGACUGUAUUUUUCAAAUUACUGUUCCACACAUAGGGUAUCACUUUUGUAUUGUUUGUUUCAGUUUUUUUGUUUUUUAAUUGUUGUAAUUUGUGUUUCUAUCCUCUUCUCAAUUCCCUACUCAUCGCUCAAUCACUCAUAAUUGGGGAGAUUUCAACGAUUGACAGUUCCAAAAAUGAUAAUCCAAUAGAUUAUUCGAGUUUCCCUAUAACUCAGUAAAAGUGAACUCUAUUAUUGGUCAUCGAAGAAUAAUAUUCGUUGGUGAAAAGUGUGAUUGCCACUUCAAGUUUUCAAAAUUUUUACUUCGGAAGUGUAAUUGUAAUUUCAAGUUUUUGUAUGAGCAAUGCUUGUUGAUUGAUAACUCAGGAAAUAUUGAUGACUGAAAUGGCAACAAUGAUUGAUUGUUGCCCAAGAAGAAGUUUCAUGCUGCUGGUUGUUCUUCUAGGAUAUUUCUCUACUGUAAAAUGUGAAACAGCAUCGAGGCACUACAUGGACGAGAAUGGCCGGAACUUGCCGGCACGACUGAAAGGCAUGGGAGUGCAUGGUCACUUCGACAUGAUGCGAGAUGACAGGUUUGGACUUUUCGUGCCCGACAGAGCCCCUAGCGGCACAUGUCGUAACCAAAGUCAACACUACCUGGAUGCCAUUCUCAACUACGAGAGGUGGGGAUUGCAGAUGGCAGACUCUUCAGCCAGCAUACCUAUCGGACUUUUCCAUGGAAAUCUACAGAACUUGGGAAAUUUCGAUGAAUGUUUAACGACUGAAAAACUCACACCCUUCAAAAUCCAGUAUUGCGUUCUAUUCGUGAAAAAUCUUCACAGGCUACCCGACACUGUUCCAAGCUGGGAGGAGACAGACCACAUAGCAGGAGGUCCUCCGUUCUUGAAGCCGUUCCUGCAGAUCGGAGUCUGCCUGCCAGCCUCAUGCAGCUCGUCCGACUUGCAGCAUCACUACCAGCAAGUCACUGCACGCUACAACCUCUCCGUGCAACUGCACAAGUACAGCUGCACCACCAACGACCAACCCAAAAACAUUGAUUCACUCGAUGUUUUCACUGUCUUGCUGGUUGGCUUCAUUGCAGCUAUGUGUAUUUUGGCGACCUUUGCUGAUAUCUACAACCUCCCCUCCCCCAAACAAUCCGGUUUACACUGGGGAUUCCUGAACUGCUUUUCUUUGUACCGAAAUGGCAAAAAUCUUCUAAAACCAUCAGAUCCUGAGGCACCUUUGGCAGUUAUACAUGGCAUAAGAAUGCUGACUUCGCUCUGUAUAAUGUAUGGUCAUCAUAUUCUAAUCCUCAACAUUUAUCCAUUUUUCGACUACAACUAUUAUGUUGAGAAUUCGGAAUCUCCAUCCUUCAUUUUCGCCAUAAUGAGCGAGCUCCAAGUGGAUUCAUUUCUGCUCAUCAAUGGAGUUCUCCUCUACAACGGAUUCUAUCAUUUGCUUGUUAAACAAGGACGCAAGUUCAACCUACCAAAAUUCUACCUGCAUCACAUUUUAAGGAUAGGUCCGAGCUACUUGAUAAUAAUGCUGCUAACAAUGACGAUACUGCGUUUCCUGUCUGAAGGUCCACUGUGGAAGUACUACGUGUUUGGCUCAAGGGAUACCUGUGCUGAGAGCUGGUGGGCGCAUGCGCUCUUUCUCAACAACUACCUUAUGACAGAUCGUCAGUGCAUUGCAACAACAUGGUACCUGGCCCUAGACAUGCAACUGUACAUAAUUUCGCCUCUGAUAGUUCUUCCGCUACUGAAGCACUGGAGAUACGUCGCAAAAUUCUUUAUUCCAAUUUUGAUAAUAAUUGGCAUUUUAUUACGAGCCUGGGUGUCCUAUGUCAACAAUUAUCCUGCCACGAAUAUGUUCGACAGAUUGGCUUUUAGGAAUGAUAUGUAUGAAAAAGAGUACACUCCAACUCACUUGAGAUUUGCUCCCUGGUUGAUUGGCAUAAUGACUGGUUACAUCAUUAUCAACUACAAGACUAAAAUGUCAAAGGCGCAGGUGAGGACAGGCUGGGCCGUUUAUUUUGCAAUCCUUUCGGUGUUGAUUUCCAGCACAUUCUACUUGAAUAGCAGAAAUGCCCCCAACAAUAUCUACCUGAAUGCUGCCUACAAUGGACUCAGCAGUUCGCUCUGGGUCGUCUGUCUGGGCUGGAUCAUAUUCGCCUGUGAAAUGGGACAUGCAGGUUUUGUUAAAAAGUUUCUGAGCUGGCCCCUGUUCCAUCCUUUCAGCAGGAUAACAUACACCAUGUACCUUGUGGGUCCAAUACUGCAGUUUGGUAGUGUGGCAGUUAGGAGAUCUGUACUGGCUAUGAAUACGAUGGAGGGAUAUAAAAAUUUGGCUGGAGAAAUACUAUUGAUUCUUCUAAUUGGUCCUAUGUAUUCUAUGUUUUUUGAGGCGCCUUUCAUUCAAAUCAACAAGAUGAUGAUGCAUCAAGAUGAUACUGCAGCUAUUAUCCACGGCUCUUCCAAAAUACCUAAAACAGAUCCUGAAAAUAACAAAACAUAUGACCACAUAGUGGAUAACGCAAAGAAUCACCUCCAAGACAACAACUUAGAAUUAAAUACAGUAAAAUAGAUAAAUCAUAUUAUUUUAAAUAAAUUGAAAACUGACUGUUGAAGACUUUUUGACUGUGUAAAUAAUAAUAUUAAAUGUGCGAUUUUUCUUGAUUUACUGACUGUA